CCACCAUCCGCUCCCCAGCGCUUCCCUUUUUUCCCGUGCCAACCCGUACUGAAAAGUCCUCCCUUUCUUGCCUCCCAUCGCUUCACGCGACAACCAGAUCUGAUUUCAUCAUUUCGAGCGAUUUUUCCAAUCUGAAUGACCUCGGUCAAUCCACUCCCUUUCUUCCCGCGUUAAUCGGAUGCUGUUUCCCCAAGUUAGACCUCAUGCUCCGCGACGAGCUUCUCCGGUCUAAGAACGAUGAGAUCGCAAACUGUUUGUUGUCGCGCAAGCGAAAACUGACCGAGUUGUAUUAUGCGACCGUGGGUUUUGAGGCUGCGACCACCGACUCCCUCUACCAGCAGAAAGAACAGGCCUUCCUUGACGCCAACGACCUCACUAAAGGACGCUACUUUAAUGAAUCUACGCUUCCGUUGCCCACCCAUGCGCGCGCGCGUUCGUCGAUCCAGAAGCCUGUCACGCCUGCUGUCACCGCGGAGGUGAAGGACCAGCAACCUGCUGGGAUCACUCCGCCCCCGACAGUCGAUGGUCGCGCCCCUCUGCUACCCACCGGGGCAAGCCCUCAAGGCGCGUCCACCUUGCCCUUACCGACCGCUGUCGCAUCUACUACACAGCCUGCCCCGGCUUCAACUCAACCCACUGAACCUGGACAAGCCCCCUCGGUCGCCCAAGAUCUCAAAGUUCCCUCUGCGAUUGCACCAUCCAAUCAGUCUGUAGCCGAUCAGACAGCGAACGUGCCCGUGCCAGCGACUCGUCUCGGCUCUCAGGACCACGAUGGAGCAGAGAUCACAGUCUCUUCUGGUGCAGCUAAACCCGCCUCGACGAUUGGAACGGCUCCCUCUUCCUUGGAAAUCCCUUCUACCGCCCAUCCCCGAAAGAAAUCGGACGCGCGACCCUCUCUCACACUAGGCCCCUCACAUCCCGUACAACCUCUCUCACCCGCCUCAUCGAUCGACCCUUACUCUACAAAUACCCCUAUUCCUGUCGCCGCAUCACCCGAUACCAGCCCUGGGGAAGAGAUGACUGAUAUCAGGAAGCUUGGCCGUCAAAGUCCCAGGCAAAGCCCCAAGGACAGCCGAUCUACGCACCCCCGUCCAGGUCUAAUUCCAUCGACGCCGGACGAGCAACUACGAAUGGAGGAAGCCCAGUCAUUGCAGCAGGGAAGUAUUAACGGCCUGUCAUUGGGCAACGGGACCAUUCAGGAGACCGAGGAAACCCGCGCCGACAAAGACCAAAUGGAUAUUGAUCAAGAACCUUUGGUCGCACCUCAAGACUCUAAGCUUCCCCCCAAAUCGGCUACUACUGGGAGGGAGAUGCUGUCUCCUACCGAGCGAUCGGCUGAUGAAGAUCGGCCCGUUGGCGAAACAACUACUGAGAUCAAGAAGCCGAUAUCUAUCCCACCGACCCAGCCGGACAUUUCUCAGCCGCGCAUGACAACUCGUGUUUCGUCUGGAGCUAUCCGUCAUAAGUCCGUUUCUGAAAUCCUGGGCGAGACACCAAGACACACGGCCCACGAUAAAAGCCAGGCAACCGGUGAACCCCACACGCCCGAAAGUCUUGCUCGUAUGCGAUUCAAAGAUCGCAAGGACCGGGAGAAGGAGAGGACUAGGGUUUCAACCGUCGUUUUUCCAAAGCAGCCUCCGUCUCUGCAAGAUAAGGCUGAGUCUAUGGAUCUUGUGGGCCGGGACUCGGGGGAUGCGGUUGCCAAGUUGAAUGAAGAACAGGACUACCUGUUCACGUUGUUCUUGAAUAGGGCGUAUGCUCCACCGAGAGGAACCAAUCUCAACACUCUUCUCGCAUCGGCCCAUAAGACAUUGAGCACGUCCAACCAUCUUCUGGAGUAUCAAGAGCAGAUGGACUGCCGCACACUUCGACGUAUCUACGCGUUACAGAAUGCUAAUCGAUGGCCUCUGCGGCAAAUGAAGCGAUCAGCUGAACCCCCUCGCUCGUUUAGCCACCAGGACGUCCUAUUGGACCACAUGAAGUGGAUGCGCACGGAUUUCCGCGAGGAACGGAAGUGGAAGCUAGCUGCAGCGAAGAGCUGUGCUGAUUGGUGUGCGGAAUACGUCAACAGCGACGACGAGAACCGGUCACUCCUUCGUGUCAAUGCUAAAAUCCCCACGCCCAAAUGCGUGGCAUCUGAUGCAUCGAAACUGGGUGUGGCUUCUCCCUCGGAAGACACGGGCGACGAGACAUUUGCAGCAUCUCACCCGACACCGGAUCUGGUACCAUCCGCGGAAGAGGAAUCGGUCAGCGAUGGAUUCAAUGAGGAGACUCGGCAUGAUCUUCACGAUACCGUGGCCCCUGCGGCUAUCUUCUCAUUGGGCUCCGACGAGUUCAAUUUCUCUAUUGACAUGACCCCUUCUGCGGAGAAGCUGCUGGACGAAUUGCCACUUUACCAGCCUGUACACUAUGUCCACGAGACUCGGACCCCAGCAUUCAAAGACCUCCCCGACUCGGCUUGGAAGCAUGACCUCCUUCCUGUCUCGAAGUUUGCUUCUACCAAGAUUACUUUCCAUAAAGAUGAACAGCGCCCUCGUAAACACACCCGAUACGACUACUCUCAAUAUGGUUCCGCAUCCGAGAAUCGCCUCACAGACCUGCCGCCAGAGCAGACCAAUGUCGCUCUCUUCCGUCCCGAGAAUAAACCUAUUCGAGACCGCAUUCACCCUGGUCACUCCUUCCGACCACCUACCGAGCAUCCGAUGCCGUCAGUUGGAUUCUUCGAAUCUCGACAGUCUUCUCAGUGGACUUUAUCAGAAGAUGACGAACUCCGCCGCCUGGUCAAGGAAUACUCUUACAACUGGUCUCUCAUCUCGAGCUGCCUAACUUCACCAUCAUUGUUCACGUCUGGAGCCGAGAGACGUACCCCUUGGGAAUGCUUUGAACGUUGGGUGGGCUUAGAAGGCCUCCCAGCAGACAUGUCCAAGACGCAGUACUUCCGGGCUUAUCACCAGAGACUUGAAACUGCCCAGCGUACUGUCCUGGCUCAGCAGCAAGCUGCCCAACAGCAACAGCAACAAGCGGCUAACAAUGGUCAACCACAGCAGCCUGUUCGUCGGAGAACCACUCAGCCCUUACGGGUGGAUAGACGUAGAUCGUCAAGACAUCUGGCUUUGCUUGAUGCCAUGCGGAAGCUGGCUAAAAAGCGGGAAACGAUAUUGCAAAAGCAGCAGCAUGCAUCUCAUCUCGCUUCGUUGAGGAAGGCAAAUGAGGCCAAUCAACCCAAACCUCCAAUUUCCUCGCCGGCAGAGUUCAGUCGUCUUAAGCACGAGCGGGAAAUGAAGUUGCAGGAACGCCAGGAGCAGUACCGACAGCAGAUGAUUGCUCAGCAAAGGGCAAGCAUGGUCGCUCAGCGUGGUGGCCAAUUGCCCAACCAGCAACAGCCACCACAGCAAAUGAUGAAUGCUCCAGGCCGACCUAAUAACCUGCCUCCGAACGGACCGAAUGCCGCCAUGGUAAACGGUACUCCAAAUGGGAUCCCUGCUGGGAUACCUCCUAAUGUUGGUGUUACUCAGGCUCGUGCUCAGCCCAUGCAAGGAAUGCCACCUGGGGCGGCACCCAUCAAUGGCCAGAUUGCAAACAAUCCGAUGGCCUUGAAAAUGAUGCCUCAGGGUCAGAUACCGAACGUGGGUGCCCGACCUGGCAUGCCAAUGCAGGCGUCUCCCGAUAACGCCCGAGUUAUGCGAGAGGCCAACCGUCUGCAAGAGCAACAACGCUUGCUGCAAUCCCGCCAGCAACAAGUUCCUCAGGCACCGGGCCAGCCUCAGCAGCCCCAGCAGCAGUUCCACAACCAGCAGUUCGCGCCGCAAGGCUCGCACUCUCCCAACCUCAAUGUGCCUAAUGUCAAUGGUGCUCCCAGCAACCCGGCUAUGAUGGCUGCUCUUCAAGCCCAGGGUGGGAUGCAGAGCCCAUCCUUCCACAGUGGCACCCCACAGGGGGUUUCGACUCCUUCGCCUCGCAUGGCUCAGCCGAAUCCGCUCUCGGGUGGCGUGGUUCCCACAAUCAGCACCUUCCAGAGUCAAAUCCAAAGGGCCAACCCCACCCUUCCUGCCGACCAAGUCAACAAGCUGGCCACCGAACGCCUCAACCAAUACCAGCAGCAACGCAUGUCUCAACAAGCUGCUAUCAACGCUGCUGCGGGUGGGAUGAACAACGUGCAAACCAAUUAUCAGGUUCCGCACGACGGGAACUUCCAGGCUCCCCAACAGCCUGGCAUGCCAAACGGAGGUCCUGCAAUGCAGGUUCCUCAGAAUCAGGGGUUCUCUCCGUUGAUGCGUGUCCCGCAAAACAGCCAACAGAAUCGGGUCAACGUCACUAGCUCUCCAGCAGUGAAUGGGGCCGCCGUUCCUCAGGCAAGCCGCAGUGCAACCCCACAAACCCAGCGCAGCGGGAGCGCUCAAGCUGGUGCAGUGCAAGGCUCGAGCAAGAGUCCACACCCCCCACCUGCACAGGCAGCGAGCAGCUAAUACCCAACAUGGUUCUGGGUGCUCCGCUGUUUUGCCCCCUUCCUCUUCAGAUGUACAUACUUCCCCACCUCACCCUUUUUGACUUUGGUUUAUUCCCUUUGUUCUUCUGCGUCGGUGCGCCGGGAUUCUAACGGCGCACCUUGCUAUUCUUUUGACACCCCUAACGCCAUCCUUGAAUCCUUCCCAGCGCGCUCUGAUUCUACUUUCAAUCUUGUCCGAAUCCCCCUUCCUCCUGGCGUGUUCAUUAAUCUAAUGAACCAGAUUUGGCACUGGCUCCAUGUUACCAGUGCCCUUUAAUUUUCUGGAUUUGAGCAUGUAUUAUCUUCUGGGACGGGCGAAAAUUCUGGGUUUGUUUUUUCAUUAGACCCACUGACUCACGAGCACGAAUUGUAUGAUUAGUUUCAAAUCUUAUCACAUUCCAUAUGGACUUGAUUGUACUUCGUCCC